AUGUUUUCUUUCACCAUCUCCCUCACUGCUAACAGGGAUAAUAACAUAAAUAUUUACUUGCUUGUCAGUUCUUCUUUUAUAUCGUAUCUCUUCAAAAUCUAUCUAUCUAUCUAUCUAUCUAUCUAUCUAUCUAUCUAUCUAUCUAUCUAUCUAUCUAUUCACACACACAUAUAUACACACACAUACAUACACACAUACGCAUGCAGCGCAAUGAAAAAUGAACAUAAAAAUUACUUGAUUGUCAUUUCUUCUUUUAUCUCGUAUCUCUUCAAAAUCUAUCUAUCUAUCUAUCUAUCUAUCUAUCUAUCUAUCUAUCUAUCUAUCUAUUCAUUCACACACAUAUAUAGCCAUUUUUCCCACUUCAUUACUUCCCAGUAUUUCUUUUUCAUCCUCCGCCCAUAUAUGCAUAACACUUCCUCUCCUUAUUUAUGUUCUCUCUUUCUCUCCUGUCUUUCACUUCCAUAA